AUGUCCUACGAAGAUUUUUGCAAGGCAGUUUAUUGCCUCUACCCAGGAUCAGAAGAAGAGAGGAAAUGCAAGGAUUGCAUUUCCACCACCAAACAAGGUCGCACCUUUACCCGUGGAUUUCAGCCCGAAUUAUGGGGCCGCAUCUUGCAACGCUUCCAGCUCAAGUUCCUGGAUCACUUUCCUGAUGACCCGUACUAG